UCUGUUAGGAAAAAGUUUUCACACCUUUAUAAAAAAUGUUUUGUUCUCCUCCCCAACCGAUGUGUGAUCUCACACUCCGUUUUUCAAGAAUCGUCCAAUUUCUCGGUAAAACAUUGAAGGAAAAUUUUUAUAAAGUUAUCAUGUACUUCCUUUUCUUACUGCCCUCCACAGAAGUUACUAUAACAGUACAGUAUAUUUCCAUUGUUUUCCUUAAAGGAAGGAAGCUCUGUGCCAGUUGUCUCUCUGAUUUCUCCAUUAAUGUCGUAUGGUUGGUGGCCAUAUUCAUCUUCUGAGUUUCAUUUAAUCUUUGGAGGCAUACUCACAGCCAUAGUGAAAACACUUGGUUUUUAUCCCACUUCAUGCCUUGUUUUGGUUGAAGGGACAUGCAUGAACUUCCAAUAACGAAUGGAUGAAAAUGACCAUUCACAUGAAGUAGGUAAUAAAACAGAGUUUCCUCUCUCUACUCUCUCUCUACUUUGUCUCUACUCUCUCUCGCCCUCCUUAUUAGGGAACCAGUUAAUGUAACAGAUUAUUCACACCAUGAUUGUAACAUGCUCUCUGUUAGUAUCCUCUCAGCCAAUUUGGCUUCUUGCCCUCUCCUUGCUUGGCUUCUUAAUCAUUCUCCAAUGCUCCACCACCGUGGUUCGGUGGGUUUACCGAGCCUUUCUCAGACCCCCCAAGGAUCUGAGACGCUAUGGCUCUUGGGCCAUAGUCACUGGUGCCACGGACGGCAUCGGAAAGUCCUUUGCCUAUCAGCUGGCCAGUGCAGGCCUUAACCUUAUACUCAUUAGCAGAAGCUCAGCCAAGCUGAAGUCAGUUUCCAAGGAUAUCCAAUCUCAGUUUCCUGAUAAAAACAUAAAGAUCAUUGAAUUGGACUUCACAGAGGACGAUAUUGGCGUUGGUAUUGCUGAGAUUAAGGAGGUGAUUGGAGAUUUGGACGUGGGGAUUCUGAUAAACAACGUGGGAAUUACAUAUCCAAACGCUAACUUGUUCCAUGAAGUGGAUGAGAAAGUUUGGAUGGAUGUUUUUAAAGUGAACGUGAAAGGCACUACUUGGGUUACCAAAGCUGUUUUGCCCAAGAUGAUUAAGAAGAACAGAGGAGCUAUUGUGAAUAUUGGCUCCGGCGCUGCUGUUAUUGUACCUUCUCAUCCUCUCUAUGCUAUCUAUGCUGCUACAAAAGCGUACGUGGACCGAUUCUCGAGAUCUCUCCAUGGGGAAUACAAAGACUGGGGAAUUGAUGUUCAGUGUCAGGUGCCAUUGUAUGUAGCAACUGAAAUGGCAUCAAGAGUGGCAUCAGUGAGCAGAGCAUCGCUGUUCAUCCCAUCGGCCGAUGACUAUGUAAGAGCUGCAAUUCGCAGAGUUGGAUAUGAGCCACGGUGCACCCCUUACUGGUCUCACUCUCUUCAAUGGUGCUUUGCUUGUCUGCUCCCGGAGGCAGUUCUCGACGCCUGGCGACUGUCGAUCGGGUUGCAGCGGAGGAGGAAGGGAUCGGAUGCCACGAAAGGGAUUGAAGGUUGCAAACAAGAAUGAAGGGCUUAGACUCAUGGAUGUGAUAGAAUUGUUCAAUAAGGUGGUAUGACAUGGUUUGUUCAACUUGAUUCUUGCCUUCCCUUGCCUUCCCUACUCGAAGAGUUAUAGGUUAUUUAAGUCGUCGUGUUACAUUUUGCUUAUAGUUA